AUUGUCAAUCAAUCUGGUCACACAUCAACUCCGUGCAUCAUGUCGUGCGCAAAGCCGCAUAUUUUGAUUAUUGAACCGUUUUACGGGGGCAGUCACAAACAGCUGAUCAGCGCACUGAUCGAGGGUCUCAACCACGGCGACAGCGAGAUAUACAGCCUUCCCGCCAAAAAAUGGCACUGGCGAGCACGCACCUCUGCCCUCCACUUCGCCCAGCUGAUUCCGCGCGAUCACGCAUUCCGGGUGCUCUUCGCCAGCUCCGUGCUCAGCCUGGCCGAGCUGAUUGGUCUGCGUCCGGAUCUGGCCGCUUGCCGGAAGAUCGUCUACUUCCACGAGAACCAGCUGAUCUAUCCGGUGCGCGAGGUGAAGCAGCGCGAUUGUCAAUACGGUUUCAAUGAGAUACUCUCCUGUCUUGCCGCAGACAUGGUGCUCUUCAAUUCCCAAUUCAACUGCAACUCGUUUUUGGAUAAUGUUCAGCCCUUUUUGAAUAUGCAGCCAGACUUUAAAAUCAAGCAUAUUCGCGAGCAAAUCGAGAAGAAAUGCCAAGUGCUGUACUUUCCCGUCAAUUUCGAACGGUUUCCCAAUCGGAGGGUGUGCGCAAUGGGGGAGACUGCUGAGGAUCUGGAUGAGAAGUGCAUCCAUCUAAUUUGGCCACAUCGCUGGGAGCACGAUAAGAAUCCCAAACUACUGGUGGACACGCUCUGUGAGCUCCAUGAGCGCCAAGUGGACUUCAAGGUGACUAUUUGCGGCGAGAGUUACCAGGAGAUACCAGAGGAAUUCGAGCAUAUACAGGAGAAGCUGGGCAGCAAGCUGGUGAACUUUGGCCAUCUGGAGCGUGAGGAGUAUUUGAAGACCCUGCUCACCGGGGACAUUGUGAUAUCAACUGCCGACCAUGAGUUUUUUGGAGUAGCAAUGCUGGAGGCCACUUUCUGCGGCUGUUAUCCCAUUGCGCCCAACAAAUUGGUCUACCCGGAAAUCUACCCAAAGGAAAACCUCUACAACACCUCCAAUGCGCUGACGAAGAAGCUCUACAACUUCUGUAGAAUGCCGAGGGUCUUUCGCAAGCAGCGCGAUCAAUUCUUUGAGAACUUUAAUUUCGAUCGCUUUUCGGCGAAAGAACUAGUGCCAAAAUAUCUGGACAUAUUUAAUAAACAUAUUGCAGACGAACAAAGUUAGAAAUCGAAUAAUAAUAAUAUUCUCUGUAAUAUGAUGGACUUAUUUUUGAAUAAAUAUAUCUCUCUUCUGUAACCCACUAA